GUGUAGGGAGGAGUUGAAGGACGGUCUCUAGCUGGGUUCCGGCGGCCCUGGAACCGCGGAAGAGGCUCUUGAGGACCGCCGCGAUGCGGCGGGUCCAUAAACUCCUGGAUCUAUGCCUUUGGUACUUUACGAAGAAUAUUUCCAGAUACAUCACAGACAUUAAGCUUUUGCCUCCUGGCAUAAAAGAUAGACUGAUACGAAUAAUGAGUGUGAAGGGGCAGAUAACAGAUUCAAAUAUAAGUGAGAUUUUACAUCCUGAAGUCCAAACUCUCUAUCUACAGACCUGUGAUAUUUCGGAUACUGCUCUCCUGCACCUGUGUAACUGCAGAAAACUGAAGGAAUUAAAUUUAAAUUCCUCAAAAGAAAACAGAGUUUCUAUAACCUCAGAAGGAAUAAAAGCUGUGGCUUCAUCUUGUUCAUACCUUUAUGAGGCUCGUCUGAAAAGAUGCUGCAACCUCACUGAUGAAGGAGUCCUUGCCCUUGCACGCAAUUGCCGGCUGCUAAAGAUCAUUGAUUUAGGUGGCUGCUUACGUAUUACUGAUGUGUCCUUACAUGCAUUAGGAGAAAACUGCUUAUUUUUGCAAUAUGUUGGCAUUUCAGCCACUCAGGUAUCUGACAAUGGUGUGGUUGCGCUUGUUAGUGGACCUUGUGCCAAGAAAUUAGAGGAGAUUCAUAUGGAACAUUGUGUGAAUCUGACGGAUGAGUCUAUAGAAGCUGUCAUUACUCGCUGUCCUCAGAUACGCAUAUUACUGUUUCAUGGAUGUCCCCUGUUAACAGAUCAUUCACGAGAAGUCUUGGAGCAGUUAGGAGGCCCAAGCAAAUUAAAGCAAGUGACAUGGACUGUUUAUUGAUGCUUAUCAAAGCUAUGCUCUCCAUACUAUCAGGAAAUGGUGGUCUUGGAGGUUGACUUUCCAACACGUAGUAUGGUUUGUGAUUUACCAGACUCUUAAACGCUUUAAUAGUGCUAUUAUUCUGUGUUUGCUUGAUGAGUUAUUGUUUUUGAAUGGUAACCCUAGCAUGCCUUCUGAUGGGUUUGGGGGGGUGGGGGGUGAGGGCACAGUGUUUGUUUCUUAAAUAACAAAGUUUGUAAAUUACCUGCUUUCCCUGGAGAUUUCCUUUUCCUACCUAGAUACUUGAGCUUUUGUAAAAGAAAUGUGCCAAUAUGGAUAAAUUCUAAGUACAGGUAUUUCUAAAAGCAUAAUUCUAGCUAUUUUCUAGCUCCUACCUUCCUGAUACAUUUAAAUGUCCAUUGGCCAAAAGCAAAGCUGAACAUAGGCCUGUAAAUUCUUUAUAGAAUAUUUCAAUGAAACAAAGAAAUACAAUAUUUAACGUCAUGAUCCAUGACAUCAUACCCCUUA